AUGAAGACUCCUCCAAACUCUGAGGAUGAGUUGGAGGAAGUUGAUUCAGAUGAGGUCUUGCCUGUGUUCAGAGAAAGAGGAAGGUUUGGGGAGCUUAGGCUUGAGAUUGGAAUGACAUUCACUACAAAGAUGGAGUUCAAAGAGGAUAUCAAGACGUUCAUAGAUAACUACACCUGUGCAAGGGAGACCAAAAACAAACUGGCUAAGAAGUGGCUUGCCUGUAAAUUAGUGAAGAAGGCUUUAGGAGAUGCUAAAACUAUUGUGUAUGGUGAGGCUUCUGCCCAGUGUGGGAUGGUGACAGAUUAUGGGCAGACACUGCUUAAGAGUAAUCCAGGCUCCACUGUCACAGAAUUUCUGGCUAGCUGUAAACCCCUUAUAGAUUUGGAUGGAGCUUUUCUAAAGACCCAGCAUGGUGGUCAGAUCUUGUCUGCUAUUGGACAAGAUGCAAACAACCAUAUAUAUGUGAUUACAUAUGCAAUUGUCCCUGUUGAAAAUACUAAAAACUGGAGGUGGUUCUUAGAAUUGCUUCAUCAAGACUUGGGGGAUUAUAAGCAAAACAAGCUAUAUUUUAUAUCAGAUAUGCAGAAGGGCCUUGUCCUUACUGUUAAGGAGAUUUUUUCAGAUGUCCAUCACAGAUUCUGUGUAUGGCAUUUAUGGAAGAACUUCAAUAAGCAGUGGAAGGAUCUCCAACUUAGAGGGUUGCCAUGGAAUUGUGCAAGGAUGCCAUGUAUGCAUGCUUGUGCUGCAUUAGCAAGGAAUGGUAAAAGACCAGAUGAGUGUUGUUAUCAGUGGUUGACAAUGGAAGCAUAUAAUAACACAUAUGUCUUUCAUAUCAAUCCAAUUCUAGGACAGACAAAAAGAAACUGUGCAAAGAGAGCUGCUAAUGAGGAGGUUGCUGCUAAUGGUGGUGAAGGUGAGGCCAAAUCUGCUCCAGAUGGUAAAGGUCCGUGUUCAUACCCUGGAUCGAGCUAUACGACCCGGGCUGAUCGAAGACAGGUACCACUACCCUCUAGUGACAAAGGAUCAGCAGCACCCCCAAGUCAAACAAGUUGGACGCAGCAGCUCCAACCACCACCGCAGAUCUCAUCCAAGAUCGACCUAUAG